CAAGACGCCAUAAAAAACUACUAAUGUUUUUAUUCCCCAUUUAAAUCAGAUGUGCGCCUCCAUUUAAAAAACACAUAGGGCUUCCUUAAUGGCCUCUGGACAAAGGCUGGAUAAAUAGCACUAUUUGUGGUGAUAAGACAGGUCAAAUGGGUAAAGACUGCAGCAGUAAUAGUAAAAAAAGAAAAAAAAAUACUACAAUAUCAGAGAAUGUUUUCAAUGUAAUUUCAGUAAAUGUUGACAGCUUUUGCUAGUUUGACAGUAUUGGGAACAGUACAAUUUAGGCUGCAUGGUGAUUGAUUUAUAAAAGAUACACUUCCCAGAUGUACAAUGUGUCCAGGACUGAUCAUAAUAUUAUUAAUGAUAAAAACAUGGGUUGGCAUGGUGGCACAGUGGGUCGCAUAGUUUGCUCACCACUGCAGGGUUGGCAUGGUGGCUCAGUGGGUCGCACCGUUUGCUCAGCACUGCAGGGUUGGCAUGGUGGCUCAGUGGGUCGCACCGUUUGCUCACCACUGCAGGGUUGGCAUGGUGGCACAGUGGGUCGCACCGUUUGCUCACCACUGCAGGGUUGGCAUGGUGGCACAGUGGGUCGCACCGUUUGCUCACCACUGCAGGGUUGGCAUGGUGGCACAGUGGGUCGCACAGUUUGCUCACCACUGCAGGGUUGGCAUGGUGGCUCAGUGGGUCGCAUAGUUUGCUCACCACUGCAGGGUUGGCAUGGUGGCUCAGUGGGUCGCACAGUUUGCUCACCACUGCAGGGUUGGCAUGGUGGCUCAGUGGGUCGCAUAGUUUGCUCACCACUGCAGGGUUGGCAUGGUGGCUCAGUGGGUCGCACAGUUUGCUCACCACUGCAGGGUUGGCAUGGUGGCACAGUGGGUCGCAUAGUUUGCUCACCACUGCAGGGUUGGCAUGGUGGCUCAGUGGGUCACACAGUUUGCUCACCACUGCAGGGUUGGCAUGGUGGCACAGUGGGUCGCACCGUUCGCUCACCACUGCAGGGUUGGCAUGGUGGCACAGUGGGUCGCACCGUUCGCUCACCACUGCAGGGUUGGCAUGGUGGCACAGUGGGUCGCAUAGUUUGCUCAGCACUGCAGGGUUGGCAUGGUGGCACAGUGGGUCGCACCGUUUGCUCACCACUGCAGGGUUGGCAUGGUGGCCCAGUGGGUCGCACCGUUCGCUCACCACUGCAGGGUUGGCAUGGUGGCUCAGUGGGUCGCACCGUUCGCUCACCACAGCAGGGUUGGCAUGGUGGCUUGGCGGGUCGUACCAUUUUCUUGCCACUAUCCAUCUCUGGGUGUGCCCCUGCUUAUUCUGGGCACUAUGCUGAAAUGUAACCCAGCAUAUGUCCUAUGCCGCCUGGUAAGGUUCCGAAUGACGUCCCCCUCCCCCCAAUAACCCUGUCCUGGAAAAGUGGUUGGAAGAUGGAUGGACUGAAAAAGUGAUCUCAAAACAAUGCCCAACAGCAGCACUACCAAGCAAAAAUAGCCCGAGAGAAAUUCUAAAAUGCAUCACGGCCCCCAUAAAGGAAUGGGUCCCACUCUGUCUGUUGCUGUGGUCGGCUAAUUGUGUAAAAUGCUACUGUGGUUCUUAGUCCAACAGAGCUGUCCUUUGAGGAUAAAGUUCCCGCAUUUGAUUAUGGCCCUGAUUUACUGUGCCUGAGUUUCUGCUUGAGUAUUACUCAGUAAUCUGCUCAGAUCUUCGAGGGGAAUCACUCAGCUCAAUGUACCACAGCACAUUUCCCAAAUUAGACAUUACCCUUAAUUACGAGCUAAAGAGAAGCACGGCAACGAAAGCGAACAUCUGACAAGGCAGACAUGUGUACCUUCCUUGUAAUCCCGAGAACAUUUGUCGACCAUGGAAGAUUGCUUGAUAAAGAUGAACGAUGGGGCAGUGUAGCCAAUAAACAUGCUUUAGAACCUCAAUUGUCCUUUUAGGUUCCUGUUAGUGGAACUAAAUCAGCACCGAAUAGCUUAUUUCGGGAACUAUGAAGAAGAAUGGGUCCAUUUUCAACCCCAAAUUGAACCGUGUCUUGAAUUCAGAUCACUCAAAUAUCUUAGUUGACUGCUGUGAGUAAACUGUGAAGGCUGGGCAUAUUUGAUCUUUCCUGAUUCAUAAUUUCUGGUAACUGGUGGUGGUUUUUGCAAACCUGGGAUGGGG